GAAAUUUACGGACUAUUCAUGCAUGGUUUUACAGUAGUUUCAUUUUAAGUGUAAAAUAAAUAACUUUUUUAGCAAUAAUGUUGUAAAAAAUGUCGCAGUUUCUCUUCUAGGCGGGUUUAUUUCCUUGACAUUUCGUUAGUGUGUGGUGAUAGUAGUAUCUCCGAGCUUUUAGGGUUGUAGUGAACGCAUCACAAGUUGAGCAGCUCAGUUAUCCAAAAACGCAGACUGAUGAUCCAGCUGCUGAACGCUGACAUGGAUACAACUGCGCCUUUCCACUGAAACGGGACGCAUUCCAGCGUGAACUGCGACACCGCGGGGACGCAAACGGCGACGGAAAAACUUUUCCUUUUCGCUCACGACUGGACUCAUGUAAACUCGCCAUGUCCAAGACCCUGAAGAAGAGGAAGAACCACUGGACCAACAAAGUCCAUGAGAGUAUCCUUUGCAGGAAUGAGGAGGGGGAGCUGGGGCUGGAGCUGAAGGGCGGCGCGGAGCACGGACAGUUCCCGGUCAUCGGCGAGCUCCUCCCGGGCAGAGCCGCAUGCCACAGCGGGAAACUCCUCCAGGAGGACCUGCUGCUGGAAGUCAACGACACCCCGGUGGCUGGACUCACCACCAGGGAUGUCCACGCUGUGGUCAAACACAGCAAAGACCCCGUGCGGCUCAAGUGUGUCAAACAAGGAGGUGUGAUCGAUAAGGACCUCCGCCGGUACCUCAACCUGCGCUUCCAGAAAGGCUCAGUGGAUCACGAGCUGCAGCAGAUCAUCCGGGACAACCUGUACCUCCGGACCGUCCCCUCAUUGUUUCUGAAAUCCUGACCACAACCCUGAGCUGAGGAUGAAAGCAUCGAGACCUUCAAUCGUUGGCUCGUCUGAGUUUUCUCAUGUCUCAGCCGCUUGUGAAAUGUCAUCAUAUUUCAGCUCCUUUAAUGAAACGAGAACAGAGCGGACAGCUGGCUGGAAACGAAGGACUGUGUGGCUGUAAAGGAGAUGAAUUGGGAAUGUUUGAAGGCCUAUUUAAAUCUGAGAGUUUCUUGUCUGGCAGCAGCUGAUGGUUAUUGUCAUAAUCGAUCAGGCCGUUAUCGCUCUUGGUCAAAAGUUUUAGCAGUGACGCUAAUCUGCUUUGGGUUCUUGUUUUAGAAAAACUAUUUGAAAUAUUUUUUUUCUGUUUAAAUAUUUUUAACGGAUUGAAUUUAUCAACAUUUGGUCAUCUUCUUUCAGCUUUUUUAACUUAUAAUCAGCCUUCUGAUCAGAUUCUUCUUUCAGAUUUAUUUUCUAUAUUGUCAAAACAGAUCAGUGCUCUAUAAAACACACAUGUAUUUUUCUGUUUACCUCGAAUGAUGCAAUGAUGAAACAUGGUGGUGGCAGCAUGAUGCAGUGGGAAUUGUUUUUUCAGCAUUGAUAUAGAAGCUGGACAGAGUUGAGACGGUGGUCGGCGCUAAAUACAUGGAAGAAAACCUUUUUACAACCUCCUUUUUAGGUGUCAGAAUGGCCUAGUCAAAGUUCAGCCUCAAAUUUAAUUGCUAGUCUGAGGCAAACUUGUUUGCUGCAGCUACAAAUCACCAUGUAAUCUCACUGACCUUGAGCUAUUUUAAAAAAUUAGUGAAAAAUUAAGUCUCUGGAAGUGCAAAACUGAAACAAACUAAAUUAAAAAUGUCCAAAUUUAACUGGAGAACAAAUGGAGAGCAAACGCCUGGCACACUUAAAAAAAAACAUCAAAUUUAGUUGUUGUAAUAAGACAAAAUGUGAUAAAAAUCAGAAGAAUCGGAAUAGCUUCAUUGCAUAAAUGAGAAUGUUUGCAUAAAUGAGAAUGUUUUUCUUUCCAAGCCCUCAUAAAUACUGUUGCCAGGCACUGAAUGCAAAUCAUGACUUAGCAAAAUUAUGUAAAAACACUCCAACUGCUGCAGUGCUGCCGAUCCUGCCAAGUUUCUUCAACCCAAAAAUGGUUUUACUGCCAAAAUGUUUUGUAGUUUCUUUAGU